CGCAGCUCCCGGAUGCGGAACUUUCGUGUUGUGGGCAUCUGCUUCCGGCGAGGGGCUGACAAGAAACGGACCACUUCCAGCAAGGGACGGGAAAGAAACGGGCUGUUUCCGGCGCGGCACUUCCGGCCCGGCCCGGCCCGGCAAUUUUAGGAGAUGGCUCGGGUGCCGGCGGGGCGCGAGGUUUCUCCGGCUUCUCGGUCUCCGUUCGCGCUGUCUCCGAGCCCCAGCGCCGCCCUCCGGAACCCGAGACUCCGCGCCGCCGCGCCUCCUGCCUCCCGCCCCGCCAGACCCCAUCGGGCUCCUUAAACAGCUCGGUGCUUGAGGUCCCUCUGUGUCCCCAGCGCCUCUGGACCCGAGUCCCCGGGCCCCGCGGCCCUCUGCCUCCUCCCCGGAGGCCACUGUGUGGACGGUGGGGACCGCCUCACGCGCUUCCCUGCCGGGACUGACUGACCGAAGGUCCAGUGACCGUCCAGAUCUGACUGUUGGGGGGAUGGAGAGGUGGCCUGGGCUACGACUGACCAAAAGGCAAACGCGGGACUGACCAGCCUCAGGGCAGCCACGGCGCCUUCUGACCGCCCCACUAGGGCGAUGGAACUUGCCUAUUAGACUAACAGUGGACUGCCCUGACUGGCCAGCCCAGGCCUAAGCGGUUUUGGGGGACUCAAGCAGGGUGAAGGAUCUGAACUGACGGUUCACCCCAGGCUGACCUGGCAAGCCGACUUCACUGACCUCCUGUCCCCACUACCCGUGCAGCCAUGGAGAAGAUGUCCCGAGUGACCACGGCCCUGGGUGGCAGUGCACUGACAGGCCGCACCAUGCACUGCCACCUGGAUGCGCCGGCCAACGCCAUCAGUGUGUGCCGGGACGCAGCCCAGGUGGUCGUGGCAGGCCGCAGCAUCUUCAAGAUCUAUGCCAUCGAGGAGGAGCAGUUUGUGGAGAAGCUGAACCUGCGUGUGGGCCGCAAGCCCUCGCUCAACCUGAGCUGCGCUGAUGUGGUCUGGCAUCAGAUGGAUGAGAACCUGCUGGCCACAGCGGCCACCAAUGGCGUGGUGGUCACAUGGAACCUGGGCCGGCCAUCUCGCAACAAGCAGGACCAGCUUUUCACAGAGCACAAGCGCACGGUGAACAAAGUCUGCUUCCACCCCACUGAGGCCCACGUGCUGCUCAGUGGCUCCCAGGACGGCUUCAUGAAGUGCUUCGACCUCCGCAGGAAGGACUCUGUCAGCACCUUCUCCGGCCAGUCUGAGAGUGUGCGGGACGUCCAGUUCAGCAUCCGGGACUACUUCACCUUCGCCUCCACCUUCGAGAAUGGUAACGUGCAGCUCUGGGACAUUCGGCGGCCUGACCGCUGUGAGAGGAUGUUCACGGCCCACAAUGGGCCUGUCUUCUGCUGUGACUGGCACCCCGAGGACAGGGGCUGGCUGGCCACAGGUGGGCGUGACAAGAUGGUGAAGGUCUGGGACAUGACCACGCACCGCGCCAAGGAGGUGCACUGUGUGCAAACCAUUGCCUCAGUGGCCAGAGUCAAGUGGAGGCCUGAGUGCCGGCACCACCUGGCUACGUGCUCCAUGAUGGUGGACCACAACAUCUAUGUGUGGGACGUGCGCCGGCCCUUCGUGCCGGCCGCCAUGUUCGAGGAGCACCGAGACGUCACAACAGGCAUUGCCUGGCGCCACCCGCAUGACCCCUCCUUCCUGCUCUCCGGCUCCAAGGACAGCACGCUGUGCCAGCACCUGUUCCGUGAUGCCAGCCAGCCUGUUGAGCGUGCUAACCCUGAGGGCCUCUGCUAUGGCCUCUUUGGGGACCUGGCUUUUGCCGCCAAGGAGAGCCUCGUGGCCACCGAGUCGGGGCGCAAGCCCUAUGCUGGUGACCGGCGCCACAUCUUUUUCAAGCGCAAGCUGGACCCUGCUGAGCCCUUUGCGGGCCUCGCCUCCAGUGCCCUCAGUGUCUUUGAGAUGGAACCUGGCAGUGGCAGCAUGAGCUGGUUUGUGGACACGGCUGAGCGUUAUGCCCUGGCUGGCCGGCCGCUGGCUGAGCUGUGUGACCACAAUGCAAAAGUGGCCCGGGAGCUUGGCCGCAACCAGGUGGCGCAGACGUGGACCAUGUUAAGGAUCAUCUACUGUAGCCCUGGCCUGGUGCCCACCCCCAACCUUAACCACAGCGUGGGCAAGGGCAGCUCCUGUGGCCUGCCGCUCAUGAACAGUUUCAACCUGAAAGAUAUGGCCCCAGGGCUGGGCAGCGAGACCCGGCUGGACCGCAGCAAGGGUGACACUCGGAGCGACACAGUGCUGCUCGACUCCUCGGCCACACUCAUCACGAACGAGGAUAACGAGGAGACUGAAGGCAGCGACGUGCCUGCGGACUACCUGCUGGGUGACGUGGAGGGCGAGGAGGAUGAGCUCUAUCUGCUGGACCCGGAACACGCCCACCCCGAAGAGCCCGAGUACGUGCUGCCCCAGGAGGCCUUCCCGCUGCGCCACGAGAUCGUGGACACGCCACCCGGGCCCGAGCACCUGCAGGACAAGGCCGACUCGCCCCACGUGAGCGGCAGCGAGGCAGAUGCGGCCUCCCUGGCGCCGGUGGACUCCUCCUUCUCGCUCAUCUCCGUCUCGCAUGCACUCUACGACAGCCGCCUGCCGCCCGACUUCUUCACUGCCCUGGUGUGCGACAUGCUGCGUUUCUACGCCGAGCAGGGCGACGUUCAGAUGGCCGUGUCUGUGCUCAUUGUGCUGGGCGAACGCGUGCGCAAGGACAUCGACGAGCAGACCCAGGAGCACUGGUACACGUCCUACAUCGACCUGCUGCAGCGCUUCUGCCUCUGGAACGUGUCCAACGAGGUGGUCAAGCUGAGCACCAGCCGCGCCAUCAGCUGCCUCAACCAGGCCUCCACCACCCUGCACGUCAACUGCAGCCACUGCAAGCGGCCCAUGAGCAGCCGCGGCUGGGUCUGCGACCGGUGCCACCGCUGCGCCAGCAUGUGCGCCGUCUGCCACCACGUGGUCAAGGGGCUCUUCGUGUGGUGCCAGGGCUGCAGCCACGGCGGCCACCUGCAGCACAUCAUGAAGUGGCUGGAAGGCAGCUCGCACUGCCCCGCGGGCUGCGGCCACCUGUGCGAGUACUCCUGACGGCCGGCCGGCGGGUGGGGCUGGGAGUGUCAACCAAUAAAGGACGCGGAGCCGCAG